CUAUCAAUGUGUGGCUAGGAAGAUGUCUUCAAAGUCAGCGAUAAUUUGUUUUGCUUACGAAAAUCAUAAAGAAUUUAUUUGCAAGACAUCCGGUAAAAAGAAGCACUCUGCGGAUUGCAAAUUUUGCAAAACAAAUCUUACUGAUGUUUCUGGCACGACUUCAAACUUCUACCGACAUGUUCAGAGAAAACAUAAAGAAAGGUAAGUUGCUUAUUAUAACUUUUAUACCGAUUUAAAUCCAAAUAACAUUGUUAGGGCUGGGCGAUAUGACGCGUCUGUGCGCGCACAAACUUAAAUCAUGCAGACAGAAAUGAGGCCGCCCUCAAUGUGCAUCAUCACUGAUGAAUUAUCAAAUGGUUUUACACUUGCACGGUCAAAUAAAUUCACACACAUCAUGUCAAAAUGUAAGUUUGGCCGAGUAUUCAUGUAAACAGUCGGUUAUCUACAUUGGUGUCUUAAGUGAAUGUAAACAAAAAGUUGGGAAAAAUCGUCAAUAUCAGUCAAAUAAAUCUGUUGCCAUAAUGUUAACAAAAUCACUCACUCACUCUACUGAUAAAUAACUUAUUAAAUGUAGUGAAAUUCAAUGUGCAUGUCAUGUGUUAUUUUACAUUUAAUUGAUUUAUUUAAUUUCAGUAGUAUUUACUCUUACUACUAUUUGGACCUACUUGAGAAAACAAUAAUUGUGAAAUAAGAUUUUAGUAUCGCCCACCCCUAAACAUUAGCAUUCGGUGAUUCCAGUCUUUAAUUUAACAAAAUGUUAAAUAUAAUUCUUAAUGUGGGAAAUAACAUAAACCCUGCUGAUUGAGAUUUGUUUUUUACAUUUUAGUAAGGAAAUUAACAUAUCACAACAGAAAUGCAGGGACUGUAAAUAUAAUCCUUUUAAAUUUAAAAUGAUUUGCUCUUAAUUUAAUGUAAUUAUUUUCUAUCAGUUACUUAAUGUGAUCUGAAUUGCAAUAACUAGUAUUGUUAAAGUUUUCUAUUUUUUUCCCCAGAAUAAGAGAGUACCAAAGACAGCAAAAACAACCAACAGAUUCUGCACAGCCCAGCAUUGCAGGAUUUGUAAGACCAGACUUGACCAAACAAGCAGUGCAACUUUAUGAUGCAAGUUCCCCAAGACAACAAGAAAUUAAUAAUGCCAUAAUUAAGGAUCUCCUCAUUGGCUGCACUUUACCUCUAUCAAUUGUUGAAAAUCAGCAUUUCAGGCAUUUCUUGAAAGUAAUGGACAACAAAUAUACUCCCAUUGCAAGAAAAACAAUCACUGAAAAACACAUUCCUUUGUUGGUUGAUCAGGUGAAAGAUUCAAUUAAAAGGAAGCUCCAGACCCAAUCAUCUGUGUCCAUAACUGCUGAUAUAUGGUCUGAUCGAACCAUGCGGUCCUUCUUCGGUGUUACAGCCCAUGGAUUAAACCAAGAUGGAAAUCAGCUGGAAUCCUUUCUUUUAGACUGUAGGAGGUUUUGUGGGAGACACAGUGGAGACAACAUAGCUAUGGCAUUUGACGAGAUCAUUGAUGAAUAUAACAUAGCAAGUAAAGUCAGGUACAUUAUAACUGAUAAUGCAGCCAAUAUGAAGUGUGCAUUCAAAGUCAAGCUACCACAGGAAGAGCAGCACAGUGAUGGCAGUGAUGCAGAAGAGGAAAAUUUAGAUGAUGAGAGUCUUUGGGAGGAUGUGACCUGGGAAGACGAGACUAUCAUGGUCAGAACAAGACAAAGGCUGUCAUGUUUUGCACAUUCUCUGCAAUUAGUUGUACAUGAUGGAAUGAAAGAAGCCAAGGCCUUUUCUUCAGCACUUGCCAAAAUGUCAAAAUUAACCUCAUUACUUCACACAAGUACUACAUUUAAAGAACGAUUUGAGGCUACAUUUGGGACAGAUAGAUCAAUUCCUGCAGCUACAUCCACACGCUGGAACAGUACAUUCAAGCAGCUACAGGCCCUUACAGCACUUGACCAUAGGGAUCUCACACAAAUUUGCAGUUCAGACUUUCAACAUGUUCUUUUUUCAGUUCGUGAAUGGAAUCAACUGAAGGAUUUAGUUUCUGUUCUCUUUCCUUUUGCGGAAGCAACAGACCUUACAGAGGGUGAGAAAAUGGUCACUAUUAGUAUGGUGGUCCCCACUGUACUUGAUUUAAACACUCAUCUGCUCCAAAUCUCAGAGUCACGAAGCCAUUGCCGGCCACUAGCCACAGCCCUUCGGCAAUCACUUUUAAAGAGAUUCUCUGGGAUCUUUGUGAGAACCAAAAUGGUUGAGCAAACUGGGAAAGAGGACCAGUUCAACCAUAAUGUCUAUUUCUUGGCAACAAUGCUUGAUCCUCAGUUUGGCUUGAACUGGGUUGAUCUAGAUGUAACCAACAAUGAGAGUACAGAUUCGGUGAAGAAAUUCAGAGAGGAUCUGAAAAGAACACUUAUAGAUACUUUGACUGCAGAAGUUGAGGUCAUAGCGGAUGGAGACAUGUUGCAUUCUGGAGGUGAUGCUGAUGAAACCACAGAUUCUCCUCCUGGCAAAUGCCCACGACUUCUAGCUCGCUACCGAGCCCACAAGCACCUGAGCCACUCAGCUAAGGAUGCAUGCAUUUCAACUCAGAUACACAAGUACUUUGAUGCCAUUCAAGACACAGACACAAAUACAGCACUUGAAUUUUGGUCGACAAACAGGGAGAGAUUCCCACAGCUUUACUCUCUGGCUGUAAAAGUGCUGUCUAUUCCAGCAUCCUCUGCACCAGUAGAGCGUGUCUUUAGCAAAGGGGGCCUCAUCAUGAGACCACAUCGUGCACGCUUAACUCAUAAAAUGGUCACAGCUCUUGUAUUUUUGAAAAGCAAUAUGGCCCUGGUUUAGUGCUUGACUGUGCACUAUAGUGCAUUUCAUGUUCAGUGUUCAUUACAACUCGACCAAGAGAGACCAGAGCUGUGUUCAGAAAGGAGUUUGUUGUUGAUUAAGCACCGUAAUAAAGCUUUAAGUUUGUUAUGACUAGCUGAUAGAUUUAAACUCUAGUCUAAGUAUUUCCUCAGCCUAUUUAAAUGUGGGGGAGAAGCAUUAAA